AUUAAUCAAUAAUUGAAUUUAAAUUUUGCAGUUUUGAUUUUUCUAGGCACAAAGUAAUGAACUAUGGCAUCUGCAAACUAUAGGAUUAAUUCUUUUGAAAAUUCUGAAAGCGAUUCAGAUGACAAUAACUCUAUAAAUAAAAGUUCUAGAAAUGACUUUUCUCAGGUUGAAAAAGAAUAUUCUGGGAAUUUAUUGGAAAACAUUCACAUUAAUAAUUUUAAUAAAAAGUUAAAUAGUGAAGAUGAUAUUUCUGAUCCAGUUGAGCAACAAAAUGUACAACGAAAACGGAAAAAAGUUAAUAAUAUUUGGAGUAGCGUGCUUCAAGAUCAAUCAUUAAGUGAUGGUUUUGAUAUAUGUAACAUGGAACGUAUACCAAAAUCUGAAGACAGGCAUUGUGAGAGCUAUGAUUAUAGAAGACGUGAACUUGAUACAAGGCCACCUGUCAGUCCAGAUUUAAUUAAAGUUGAUGAUGAUGAAACAUUUCCAAUAACAGAAAAUUUUGAAGAUGAUGAUACCGUAUUUUCAAAUAAGAAAAAUAAAUUGCAGACAAAAUAUAAUCAACAUAAAUUAACGCCAAAAGAAUAUAAAAUUGCUAAAUUAAUAGUAAAAAAAUUACGAGAAAGAAAAUGGAGAUUAAUAUAUAAUGUAGUAAAAGUCUUGGGUAUUAAUAAAGCAAUGGAAUUAUUAAAAAAGACAGAACAUAUUGAGAAGAAUGGUGGUAUGCUAGUAAUUAAUAAAUCUAGAAGAAGAACUCCAGGUGGUGUAUUUUUCCAUCUGAUUAAAUCUGAUCACAGGAUUUCUAAGGAACAAUGUGAUGAAAUAUUUGAAGAAGAAGAAGAAAGAAAUUUCAACUUUAGGAAGACUACUUUUAACUUUAAAGAUUAUGAAAACCGAAGUGAAAAGAAUUCAAAAUUUCAUGUCUUGCAAUGUUAUUCAUGUAAAACAUAUCAAGUUCAUCAAAUAAAAAAGAUCAAUAAAUGGAACUGCAAAAUUUGUAAUGAAAAGCAGUCAGUUAAACAGGUCUAUUGUCAAGGAACUGCUGCAGAAUGUAGAGAACAUACUCAAAAACUUAAUCUUUUAAAUGGAAUGAAGGAGAGCAUCAAAAAUGAAAGUGAAAUGGAAUUAGUGACUGAAACAAAUGAUGAAACACCUAUUGAACUUCAAGUCCCCUGCACUAGCAAAUGGUCAAAAUUUUUGUCAGAAAAAGAAGAAGAGAAAAUGGAUGAUGAUACUGAUUUAACAAGUAUCCAUGCAAAUAAAAUUAUCAGGAAGGAAAGCAGAAAUAUUUGUCAAGAUAAAGAAGAAUUGGUUUCUAAUAAAAAUGAAGAUGUUUUGAUUACAGAUAAGAACACAAAAUCAUUGAACUCAAACAGUUCAGUUGCAUCAAAAUGGAAUGAAUUCAUUUAAUUUAUUUAACAAGUAAAUAAACUGUAUGUAUAAUAAAAUAUCACAUUUUUGUUAUGUAUUAAAUGUAUAUAUCUUCUAGUCAAAAACUGA